AUGGCCGCUUCCUCUUCUGCACCCUCUAACAGUAAUGGUGAAUGGAAGUAUGAUGUAUUCCUCAGCUUUAGAGGUGAAGACACUCGCAAUAAUUUUACGAGCCAUCUUUAUGCCGCUUUGUCUCGGAGAAAAAUCGAAACCUUCAUAGAUUAUGAGCUUAGGAGAGGAGAUGAAAUCUCUCCUGCACUCUUAAAAGCAAUCGAAGAGUCUAGCCUUUCGAUAGUAAUUCUCUCCGAAAACUAUGCUUCUUCUUCUUGGUGUUUGGAUGAACUUGAGAAGAUAAUUGAAUGCAAGAACAAAAAGGGACAGAUCAUUGUACCAGUUUUUUAUCAUGUUAUUCCUUCUGAUGUAAGGAAACAAACUGGGAGCUAUGCAAAAGCAUUUGCUAAACAUGAAAAACAAUUGAAGAAAACAAAAGAGAAGGUGAAAAGUUGGAGGGCAACUUUGACACAGGUGGCCAAUCUAUCCGGUUGGCAUAUACAGCAGCAUGAUGGAUCAGAAUCAGAACUUGUGGAAAACAUUGUUAAAGAUGUUUUGAAGAAGCUGAAACAUAUGUCCUCAAGCGAUUUUGAUAGCUUGAUUGGAAUUGAAUCACGCUUAGAAAGAGUUGAAUCACUAUUAUGUUUUGGUAUGUUAAAUGUUCGUUUUGUUGGAAUUUGGGGUAUGGGUGGUAUAGGUAAAACAACCAUUGCACGAGCUUUGUUUGAUCGUAUCGCCAGUCAAUUUGAAGGCUGCUGCUUUCUUGCAAAUGUAAGAGAAGAAUCAGCUAAAUAUGGAUUGAAUCGUUUACAAGAAGAAGUUCUUUUCAAAAUACUAGAGGAUGGAGAUCCAACUACAAGUGCUCCUAGUUUAGGACUCACUUUUACAAAGAACAGACUUCGCCGCAAAAAGGUUCUUAUUGUUCUAGAUGAUGUAGACAAUUCACAGCAGUUAAAAUUUUUAGCUGGAGAUCAUAGUUGGUUUGGUCAUGGAAGUAGAAUCAUUAUAACAUCAAGAGAUCAACAAGUGCUCAAGACAUGUGUUGAUGAAAUGUAUAAGCUUGAGGAAUUAAAUUAUCACGAGUCUCUUCAACUCUUCAGUUUAAAUGCCUUUAAGCAAAACCAUCCUACUGAAAAUUAUAUGGAGCUGUCAAGUCGGGUGAUAUAUUAUGCUCAAGGCAUUCCAUUGGCUCUUAAAGUUUUGGGUUGCUUUCUAUUUGGAAGGAGUAAGCGAGAUUGGGAAAGUGCAUUAAAUAAACUUGAAAAGUAUCCGAACAUGGACAUCCAAAAUGUAUUGAGAAUAAGUUAUGAUGGACUUGAUGACGAAGAGAAAGAAAUAUUUCUUGAUAUUGCAUGUUUCUUCAAAGGGGAGGAUAAAGAUCGUUUAACAACUAUAUUAGAUGGUUGUGGCUUUUGCACAGAAAUUGGAAUAAGUGUUCUCAUCGACAAGUGUCUCAUAACUAUUGUGAGCAAUCUGUUACUAAUGCAUGAUCUCAUACAAGAGAUGGGUUGGGAUAUUGUUCGCCAAGAAUCCAGAAAAGAGCCUGGCAAACGCAGCAGGUUGUGGGAUCCUCAGGAUAUAUUUAACUUAUUCAAGAAAAAUACAGGGACUCAAUCGGUUGAAGGCAUAUUCCUUGACUUGUCAAAAGUAAGUGAGCUACACUUAAAUUCCGAUGCCUUCACGAGGCUGCAUAAACUUAGGCUUCUUAAAGUAUAUAGCUCCUACUAUGGCAAAGGCGAAAUAGAAGAUGAUAAGGUGCACCUUUGUCAAGACCUUGAAUUUCUUUCUGAUGAGCUGAGAUAUCUCCAUUGGCAUAGAUACCCUUUAAGAUCCUUGCCAUGUAAGUUUAACCCAGGGAACCUUGUUGAGCUUGACAUGCAUCACAGCAAUGUUGAAUAUCUUUGGAAGGAAAAACAGCAUCUUGUAAAUUUAAGACGGAUUGAUCUCAGUUACUCUCAGCACUUAACGGAGAUCCCUGACCUCACAUUGGCUCCGAACCUUGAGGUUAUUACUCUAGAUGGUUGUUCCCAUCUCACCAAGUUUCCUGGGAUUUCAUGGAACAUAAAGAAGCUGGAUUUAGGCCAUACUGCAAUUGAAGAGGUUCCCUCAGCCAUUGAGUGUCUUAAUAACCUUGACUCUCUAUCACUAAUCAACUGCAACAGGCUAAAGAAUCUUCCAAGGAGUAUUCAGAAUUUGACGUCUCUUAUGAAACUUGAUCUCCAUGGUUGUUCAAGCAUCACUGAGUUCCCAGAGGUUUCAGGAGAUAUAAAGUAUUUGUAUUUGAAUGAGACUGCAAUUCAAGAAUUACCAUCUUCAGUUGAGUGUCUUACUAAGCUAAAUACAUUGAGUCUUGGAAAUUGCACAAGCCUAGAAAGUGUUCCAAGUGGCAUUUUUAAGCUGAAAUGUAUUGAACAUUGCGAGCGACUUCAAUCUAUACUAGAGUUUCCAUCUCCAUCGCAUCUGACAGAUUUCCAGGCACAUGACUGCUUAUCACUCAAAACUAUACCAAAUUCAAUGAAUUUAGCCUUUACAGCAGACUGGAAUUCCCAGCAGAGUUUCACAUUUUCCAAUUGCUUCAAUCUGACUGAAGAUGCUCAAAGAAAUAUUCUUGCUGAUGCAGAACUUCGAAUACAGGUUAUGGCAACUAAUGCACGGGAGACUGCAUCAAUGGAAGAUUAUUUGGAGUGGUAUUGGCUAGGAGCUUCAGUCAGUAUUUGUUUCCCUGGAAAUGAAAUUCCAGGGUGGUUCAGCCAUCAAAAUGUGGGAUCUUCAGUAACAAUGGAACUCCCUCAACAUUGGUCUAGCAGUAAGUUCUUAGGCUUUGCUCUGUGUGUUGUAGUUACAUUCGACAACUACCAUGAUUACAUGAAUUUCAAUGUCGAAUGCAAAUGCAAAUUUGAAACCAAUGAUGGUGACAAGCAUAACAUUGAUUGUGGUCUGAAUGGCUUAAAAGCUCAAUACAAAUCCAGAUCUCUUUCGUCUGAUCAUGUAUUCCUGUUUUUCCAUGAGCGAUUGUAUGCUAUGCUGGUUCAAAGAGAUGAUCAGGACCAUUUCUUCAGUAUGUACCAAUCCUGCCAUAAGGUUUUGUUUGAAUUCUUACCAGUAGAUGACAACCAGUUGCCCCUACUGAAUUGCAAGGUGAAGAAGUGUGGGGUCUGCAUACUGAACUUGAAAGAGGAGGAUGCAGAAAUUUUUGACAGCUCCAACGUAGAUGAACAUGUUGAAAGUGGAAGUGAUAGUAACUCCAAUCAUGAGGUACAAGAGGAUCCAAACUCCCAAACAUUGAAAGAAAAGGAAACCAAUUUAGAGGCUAAUGCCUUCUGGUUGGCUCAAGGCAGAGCCAAGCUAUUAUGUAUGAACUUCUUGGUUGGAGUGGCUGUGGUUUUAUUUCUGCGGUAUUUCCUGGCGUUGUAA